AGGGCACCUUUCUACCACGUCACGACCUGGUGGCCCCGCCCCCUAACUCCAGACAGGAUCUUUUCCUUGCAGUUGCGGAUAUGUGAUGCAACCAGAUGACAGCCUCGGGCUCCACCGCGGGCACUGACAACCCGACCCCCGGCACCAGCAGCUCGGCUGCGGCCGAUGGUGGCAGCCAGGACAGUACCUUCGAAUGUAACAUAUGUCUGGACACAGCCAAGGACGCGGUGAUCAGCCUAUGCGGACAUCUCUUCUGCUGGCCUUGUUUGCAUCAGUGGUUGGAGACCAAACCCACCAGACAAGUGUGUCCUGUCUGCAAAGCUGGCAUCAGUCGGGACAAGGUGAUCCCCUUAUAUGGGCGAGGAAGCACCGGUCAACAGGACCCCAGAGAACGAACACCGCCCCGACCACAAGGACAAAGGCCUGAGCCAGAGAACCGUGGUGGAUUUCAAGGCUUUGGUUUUGGAGAUGGGGGUUUCCAGAUGUCCUUUGGAAUCGGUGCCUUUCCAUUUGGUAUUUUUGCGACAGCCUUCAACAUCAAUGACGGACGACCCCCCCCAGCGGCCCCUGGGACGCCACAGCACAUGGACGAACAGUUCCUGUCUCGACUCUUCCUAUUUGUCGCCCUGGUGAUCAUGUUUUGGCUGCUGAUUGCAUGAACGUGUGAAAAUGAUGGAAAACGAUUUUCCCGCAGACUUGAAGGUGCUAAUGUGAUUCUGCUCUCCUGCAUGACACCACCCACUCCACCACUCAUGAAAAACCAGGUGAGAUUAGAAUUGCACCUCCCCUCCCAAAAUAAUGUUUUCAUUUGAAUGGACAUGGAGCAGCCUGUGGGAAAAAUUUCUCCAAUUUUUUUAAAGACGCUCAGCUUCAGCUCUGAAUUCUUCCGAGAUGAACUUUUUAAAAGAUCAAAUCAUCUGUUCUUUCCAAUUCUGGAUUUUCUUUAAUUCUAUUUUAAGAUGCGGUUCUCAGUUCGCCAUCAUUCUGAAAGUGAUCAGAUGUGAAUGAUUUACUGCAGGAGUAAUUUAUACAACAGUAUUUUGAAUUCUAAAUUGAAAGAUUAUUUUUCUCAUUUUAUUGUUCAUUGCUGUAAUUAAAUGUAAAAUACUGUAAAAAAAAAAAAGACUAAUUUUGGGACCUGGAUAACCUGUAACCGUUAUUUUAAAUGCGACUUCCUUUCAAUUUGUGUAAAUGAGGACGUUAAUCACCAUCUGUGUGUGAACCCAUGACGGCGUGUGAAUCCCACACCAGCCUUAGUCAUCUAGUUAAAUGGCGUUUGAAAAACUGAACGACGUGUUUGUCAGUGCGAUGUUUCGAUGUCCUUCAUUUCUGUGUGUUCCACCUAAAGACAAACACUCACUCUGAACUGUACAAAUAAGGAAGCAGAAAUAUUUUGGCCAUUUUGUGGAAGAGCUUUAUAUAAAAACAAAAUAAAGUACAAAAACAGUCGGA